GCCAAUCGGUCGAGAAGGAGGUGCGGCGGAGCUCAAAAAGAAGUUUUGUUCUUUGGCAAUUCAUCAUUCAACGCCGAGCUGUCGAUCACUUGAGGAGGUCAACCGACUCCUGACAUUACAUCAUUUUCGUGGAGAAAUCCGUCUUUCGUGGAACAGCAGAGGAAGAGUGGGGGUGUGAGAGACAGGGGAAGAGGAGAAGAGACACCUGUCCAAAAUGAACAUUCAGGUCCUGUCUGUCCUCAUCAUCAUUACUGUGCCGGCGUCAACAACAGGUGAUGUGAGGGUGUUUGGUCAGGUGGGUAAGAGGGUCAUCCUUCCUAUGCCCACGGAGGGAACAGACGCCGGCAAGACGUAUAUCAGCUGGCAGAUUGAGUCAGAGCCAAGCAUUGUCGUGAUAACACGCAACCCCUUUGGUCAGGACAAGAUCGCAACCGGAUGGAAAGGCAAGGUGUCUAUAUCCAAGAAUGAAUACUCCCUGGUCAUUGAAAACAUCCAAGCAGAGGACUUCAAAACCUUCACCUGUGUGUUGAGGACCAGCUUCAGUACCAUCUCCUCCACCAGAUACCAGCUGUCCGCUAUCAACGUGGUGGCAGAACCAGCUGGCCCUGUCUUAGCUGGGCAAUCUCUGACUCUUUCCUGCGAUGUAGAGCUACAGACGGCUACACGACUGACGAUGCACUGGGAGAAUCCCCAGCGAAAGGACAUGACUGCCGAGCAGAACGCUCAGGGAGCCACCAAAAGGACUCUGACUGUCGCAAAGGUCACCGGCGAAGACAACGGAAAAUGGACCUGUGUUGUGGAGUGUGACAACAGACGAUAUGUCGGCAAACUUUCAGUAACCGUCUUGGACCUCUCCCCGGCUGAUUCAUCUCCUCGCUACGCCUCUGUCUCCUCCACCCCUCUCCAAGUCCCCUGCUCCCUCCUCUCACACAUCACCUGGAAGGACCUAAAAGCAGCGGGCCUGCGGGGAGGGCAUUGGACUUUCACCCCGAGCGUCCCCGCUGCGGCUCCGCAGAGGCUCUUCACCCUCCAGCAGGGGGAUUCUCCGGUCUGGGAGGAAGGCCUGAAGAGAGGACUGAGUAUGCAGAACAAACUGGCCAACGACCUGUCUCUGUGGAGAAAGACGGUGACGACGGCGGACAGGGGAGACUAUACCUGCGCCCUGGAAUUCGAAAAUGGCCUCACGUGGUCGAGGAACGUACGUGUGGAGGUGCUGCAACUUUUCAGCUCCCCAGAAAAAGAUGUAUUUGCCGGCCAGCAGGUCAACCUGAGCUGCAGUCUGGGCCAUAACCUGGCCUCUCACCUGCAGGUGAAAUGGAUCCCGCCAAAGCCGCCAGGCCAGCCCUCUCUCGGACAUGCAGCUGACCCCACCCUCCUCACCAUCCCGGAAGCGAGUGAUAAACACAGCGGGGAGUGGAGAUGUGAGCUAUGCCAAAAUGGCACACCGUGCACGUCAGCAAAGCUAACGCUGAAGAUAGAGAGAGCGCCGAUGGGUGUGUGGCUGUUGGUGACUAUAUGUAGUGUGGCGGUCAUCUCUAUUCUCAUCCCCGCCAUCGUCCUCAUCCAACGACAAAGAAAACGGAAGACGAAGACACGUCAUCCCAAGCGUAGAUUCUGCCGCUGCAAACACCCCAAACCAAAAGGCUUCUACAGAAAUUAAAAUCUUCAAGACCCUUGAAAGAAGUUGUUAAAGAGUUCAUCUCAGCCAUCUGAACAUCUCUUCGGACAGGACCCAUUUCUUCAUCGCAGCCACUUAACCGUGCACCUUCGUCUGCGAUUUUCAACAAGGGGGGGACACAUUAAAAAGAGGGUCACACAUUGUGGAACAUCCCUCGCAGACUUUACUUCAGAGCAAUACUUUACGACCGUAGACAACGGUCAGUUUGGAUGCUUUCAAACGCGUGAUGUGUAUAUCUGCAUAAUUGUGUAUCGUUGUAUAAAAUGCCGGCGGCUUCAUUUUGCAGCCUCCUUCAGUUGACCCUCCUCAGGUGCCCAGUGUUGGCCACCCGUUUCCUCAGCAUUUCAACACAAUUGUUUUCAUUAUCUUUCUUUAAGCUUAAUGUAUAUUACCACACCGGGUUGCCCUCUACAUUACUGCCAUGAUGAUAGGGAGGCUUGCCACCUUGCUCUGUUCUGGUCAGUGGUUUUAAACCGUGAAAUGGAACAAUUAUGAAUAUAAUGUGACACAAGAACGAUGCUUUCGUCUGUUAAAUCAAAUCAUUACCCCCUUGAAAUAAGAACACGGUCAGUUGCGAAGCCAUGCAGCUAUUAGUCAGCGUCCCAGACAUAUCGGCAGACACGGAUAGGUCUUCCCAUAUUAUGCAAUUCCCCUGCUCUAUUUCAAAUCUAAUUUUGGUCUAAUAUUUGCUAGUGGAUUUGAACAGUGUGUAUCUGACAGAUGCGAAGAUCCAUGAGGGAACAUAGGAUGCGGUGCCGUCUUUUAGUGUGGCUGUCCAGCGCCUCACAAUCCUCUCCCUCAUCCCAACCAGAUGGGUGGUUGUCUGACUCCAGUGUACAAAAACCUGCACAAUGGGCAAAAGCAAGCACUGUGUGUGUGUGUGUGUGUGUGUGUGAAACGGGGGGGGGGGGGGGAGCAUUCGCAUGUGUAUAGUAGUAUGACAGUGCGUGUAAGGCCCAGCGGCCCAGUGGUUAGCACUGUUGCCUCGCAGCAAGAAGGUGCUGGGUUCGAACCCCGGGCCGUCCCAGGCCCUUUCUGUAUGGAGUUUGCAUGUUCUC